AUGUCUGUAGAAGCGUCUGCGGAAGAGCAGGUGGGUGAUGGCACCGUGGUGGCUGGGAGUGUGUCGGGGCUGCGGACACAGCCUCGGGAUCCGAGCAAGCAGCGCGUCAAACUAUUUUUGAUUGCAGUGUGUGGAAUACUUAAUUUCCACAUACUUGUAGCUGAAUUCCUUUCUCAGACCAUGGGCAUCUAUGCAAGUAACUUCCACAGGACUGGAGGACAGAUACUCCUGGAGUCCACUGAACCCUCCCAGGCAAACUGGAUCACAGCACAUGCAGAGGCAUGUCAAUUGACUAUUCCAGAGGUACAGAGGUGCUGGAGUCGCUUCCUCCUACUGCAGCCCGACAGAAAUGGGAAUGUUCCACGCGAUCGUUUUCUUACCGACGAGAGCUUUAGCCAUCAGCUGUUGCAGCAGAUGCCACUCGCAGGGAAUGACCUGGUGUCUUUCCAGACGUACUGCAGUGCUGUCUCGUGGCUCUCCAAGUCCAGCCUGGAGACCAAACUCCGAGGAUUGUACCAGACAAUGACUUCCAACAACCCAUUGAACCAGGGAGGAUUAGAGCUUCUCCUGAAGGAUGUGUACCCAACUGAAACACCGGAGGCCAUUUCUCAACUUUCACAGCUGUUACUGAGUGAAAUUGACAGGAAUCACCAAGGCUAUAUUGACGAGGAACAGUUUGUUGCAUGGAUAUGGAGACUACCACAGGAUGCUGUGGAGUCGGUUCUACACUUCCCCAUCAUACCACAGGAAGUCAUCGCAGCAAGUAAAAGCCAGUCACUUAGUUUAGCUGAUGUUGCAACUGUGGAAGAGACCUCAGCCGUGACAGACAGACAGCUUCUGCACAUUGCCAGCGAGAUGUCAGGCCGAAAGAGAGACUGGAGGCUUCUGGCCAAUAAUUUGGGAUUUCUGGAGCAGGAGAUCUGUGCCUUUGAAGGCCGACAUUCAGAGGUCAAUCAGCAGAUCUUGGAGAUGUUGCAGACUUGGCUGAAGAAAACAGAACCGCCUACAGGAGCUUCGAUGUUGCAACGUGCCUUGCAGGACAGCAGCAAUGCAGACAUAAGCAAUGAGCACGAGUAGACUCUGAACCCUAUCCGAAAUUGCAGCAAUCAUGAGGAAAACAACUGUGGAUUUCUGAAACGCAUGGCCUCCAAUGUAGCUGGCCUUGCCAGAAUCACAAAAGUAAAUAUGACAUCUGCAGCUAUCUUAUCAGUCACGCACCUUGGAGCUCAGGUGA